AAGAAAAGGAAAGAGUGCCUUGAACAAACAAACAAAAAUUACUCCCCCUGCUUGCAAUUUCCUUUCAUUCUAAGAGUUCUACCAUAGUAGUGUUGGGACCAUGUGGGUUUCUAUGCCAUUAAAACAGAGGCUAACAAAUUAGAUAGUAAACCAACGUAUUUUGUGGUUCCUUAACCCUUGACAGAAAAAAAAAUCGCAUUGGUCAUUAAAAGGGAUAGCAUUGCCAUGUAAAUCCGGUCUGGGAGCAAUUGAGGGUGUGUGGUGGAGAAUUCUUAUGAACAGAUUGCACAUCUGUAAUCAAGGGAUGAUAGAGAGAUUAGUUGCUUUACAGUUUCAUUUGUUCAAAAGCCCAGGGAAAUCCUGUGGUAGGUAAAGGAAAUCAGGAAUACGGGUGAAUUUAGAAAGAGGUGUGUAUGUUUGCAGAUUGGGGAUGAAGGAUGUGAGAUCGAUAAACAAUGCUUCAAAGUUUUUUAAGAAUCGAAAACAGCACGCUGUAGUGGCUAUUUUUUGUGAAAAGAUGGAAGAGGAGCUGGAUGAACGGAUGGAUAAAUUGGUCGGGGUAAAAGGAGCGAGAGAGACAGAGAACACACAGAGAGAAUGAGAAUGACAGUGGUGGCAAUAUGAUACACAGGGCAAGUAGCAUUUUACAGUUUGAAACUACUAGAAGAAACCAGAACAUUGUUAUAAGAGUGCUUGAAUUCACAAUUGCAUAGAAAAGAAGUGGAAUUGGGGAGAGGGGAAUAAAGGGGCACAUCUUUUAAAAACUAUCUGCCAUAAGCGUGCUAAAGGCAGGGUAAUUUUAUCGCUGGAGAUCGAGGCUUGCCCGCCAAGUGUGAGAACUGGUGAGGAGAAGUCAAACUUCAAACUCCAGCCUUUAGGUCAACUUUUUCAUUCCCUUUAUAGUUAUCUUUUUAAAAAGUUUUAAAGCAGACCAAAGAAUUAGAAGCGAGUUUAAUUUUAUUCCCGAAUUUAUUGCAAAUUCAAACGCACUAAAUAGAAAACCGGAAUUUCCCCCUCUGCCUCCAAAAUUCAUAUAAACCAUUCUGACAUCUCUCACCCCGGGACUAUCCCCUGCUUUGAAUUUCAUAAUUUGAUGUUAGAUGAUCAAUGGGGGAGGGGGAUUGGCAGUCAGACCAGCAGCUGCCUUUAACUCUAACCUGUCCAAAGAUGCGGCCUGAACUGUAAAAACGCAAGAGGGCACCGUUCUUUGCGCAGAAUGUCGUGGGAGCGGAGCUCGAACACCGGCAAUGGCUCUCUCGGACUUCGGACACGGGCGCAAACUUACACGGGAGGGAUUGGGUUAGAUCCGAGACACAAAAUAGGCGCGUGAGGGUAGAAACACAUACCCAGGUGGAAGCAGGAAAGUUGGAGAUGGGACGGGUGUGCGGAGAAUAAAUUGUAAACCCAUCCUCCAGAUGCCCGGUCGGUUGAACCUCCCGAGGAGUUUAAUAAUUCUGAGCUCUGUCCUGCGCUCAGAGGACGCACCAAAAGAGGCUGGCUGGAAUUUAUCUCCCUUCUCCAGAUGCAGCAAUUGAGCGCUUGAACUGGCUGUACAGUAAAGGCUCCCCAUUGCCCCCACUUGAACCCAAAGGUGUGUGGAGGAGGGAGAUAAUAUGCCUUCCAACUCUCUUCCUCCAGGUACUUAUAUGAAAACCACAAACUUUUCAAGUUGAAAAUAUUUCCCAUGUUUUCCUCCUCCCUCUCCACAGUAGCAGCAAGGAUAAGAUUGGUGUCAUUUUUCAUAUCUUUCACUUUUCCCAUGUUUGUUUAUUACUACCAUAUAUAUAUUUAUAUAUCCCCCAAUAGAUUUUCCUAGAUAUGUGAUAAAGAGUGUGGAGAGAGAAACAGGGGUAAAGAGUGGUGCAUGGGGGGGGGGGCGUUUCUGUUGUUUAAAGGUGAUAGUGUUGGUGGCAGAGAUGCUUUCACUGGUUUGUUCUGCGGGAGGGGGGGUUCCCCUGUGCAGAGCUAACCCCUCUAGGGUGCUAUUUCGCAGCCUCCGACUCCUGCUAUUGGUCAGCGCGUGAUCAGAUGGUUCUCUUCCCUUAUGUCCCUGGUUGGCACGCGGCCAUCCCCCUUCAGCUAAAACCCAAUCUCCCAUAUACUGCUAAUAGCUAAACCGCUUGGACUAUAAAACGCAACAAAUCAUAAAGAGCAAGGGAAAGAACAGACGCUGUUCUUCUGGUUAACUAUUAUUAUUGUUAUUGUUAUUAUUAUUAUUUCCAAUGAGUUCUUAUUUUGUCAACUCUACUUUUCCGGUGAGCUUAGCCGGGGGUCAAGAACCCUUCCUGGGACAGCUCCCCUUAUAUUCCACGGGCUACGCGGAUCCUUUAAGGCACUAUCCCAGCACGUAUGGAACUGGGGGCGGUGGGGUCCAGGAGAAAGGUUACGCGGCCGCGCCUUACUACCAGCAAACCAACGGAGCUUACAACCGGAGUCCAGCCUGCGAUUACGGGACAUCUGGUUUUUACAGGGAGAAAGAGACAGGCUGUUCUCUUUCUAGCCUAGAGGAGCCUGUUCAGUUCGGCCAGGAACAAGCCCGGAAGUCAGAAUGCUCACAGAGCAAGCACGUUUUCGGGGACAACGAGGAUCAAAAGUGCUCCACGCCAGUAUACCCUUGGAUGCAGAGAAUGAAUUCCUGCAAUAGUUCCUCCUUUGGGCCGAGUGGCAGGCGAGGCCGGCAGACUUAUACACGCUACCAGACUCUGGAGCUGGAGAAAGAAUUCCAUUUUAACCGUUACCUGACCAGGCGCCGCCGCAUCGAGAUCGCUCACGCCCUGUGUCUGACGGAGCGCCAGAUAAAAAUCUGGUUUCAGAACCGAAGGAUGAAAUGGAAAAAGGAAAACAAGAUUCUUGUUAACCCUUGUAUUUAA